CCGCCGUCCCCAGGCAGGCUGUGCGCCCGCCCCAUUGGGCGGAAGGAGAGGGCCGGCCCUCCCCAUUGGCCCGACCCUCAUAUUGAACAAGCCAAUGGGAGCUGCGGUUUCAGGUCGCCAUGGAAACCGAUGCUGUUAAGUGCGAGAGGGCCAGGAGAAGGUGGGGAGUGAAGAUGAAGGUGUCUGUGGCCUCCGGCGCGGGAGGGGGUGAGGAGAAGGAGUAUUAGGGGAUUCCCGAGCUAGGGCUCUGAAAUCGGGCGGGUCUUGCUUUUGACUAUUGCCAAGACUGUGCAUGGUAGGGCUUGUCCCUGGCGUCAGAGGCAGAAACAACUGAGCCCCUGGACUUCUGCUUUACAUUGAGAGCUCAGGAGGGGCGUUUCAUUUUUCCUGCAUCUGGGGAGCCCGCCAGGCUAUGCCCUUUGACCUUUGACAUCUGUGCAGCCCGACAUCCAGCCCCCAACAAAUCACCAAGUAUUCAUCAGUAGACUCAAUGGCAUAAAGGAAGAUCAGGAGGGGAAAGAGUAGAGGUGACUAAGAACAAGAAUGGCACCGAAGAGGACCUAGGAAGCAAGAUAACCUGGCAUUCCAUAUGAAGAACGGGAUGAGAAACUUCAGGUAUAAGCCAGCAGACUACCAACAGUUACAUGCCUUAACCAAAGCCACGAAGUUAGCAUCUGCUUCCACGGAGAAGAAGAUCAGAAAAGCCAUGGAGACUUCAAAGGCGGCUAAAGAGCAAAUGUUGAUCAAACAACACAAGCAGGUGUGGUGGCAGGAACAGGAGCGGCUGCAGGGAACCAGAUGUAAAUUGGAGUCUGAAAUAAAAUCUUGUCUCAAUGAAGAGAACAUUGGAAAUGAAUGCUUUUGUGAGCUUAUGAAUUUUGAGAAAGAGCUGGCAGAACAAUGGUGCACAUAUCUUAAAGCUGUGAUCCACCCUAUACAUCAGCUGAGAACAGACCUGAAGAGACAGCGCCACACUUCCCAGCAUGCGCCCUGCCAUACGGGGUCUAAGUCAGCAAUGGUUCUGCAAGAGGUUGACUUUGUCAGGAAACAAUCCAAGUCUGUCUUUGAAAAACUUGACCAAGAACAACAGAAACUAGAAAAAGACCUUUCGGCCUGGAGUGUGAAGUUACUAGAUGACUCUUUGGAAGAAAAGGCUAACCUGCUCAGCGAACACCCUACGGAGUUAGAAACUUUGGAGUGCCCGUACCCUGAUCUGAAAUCGUCAGUCCUUAAUGAGUUCUGGAACAUGACAGAGAAAUAUCAAAAGAAACUUGAAGACUUUGAUCUGCAAUUAAAAAGCAUAUGCAGAAACUUCCAGCUAAGCGAAGAAGAACAGUGGAUUUACCAGGCUGUCUUAGAUCAGUACCCUGGAAAUCUCCUUGGCAGAAGGACUCUGUACUUGGACAUGUUACAAAGACACUUUCCUCACAAAUCUAGGCAUCUUUUGGUAGAACAUGAGAAAUACUGUGAUCAGUAUCACUUUGCUGGAGAGCAGAGAAGAAUCCUGAUAGACAAUUGGACUAAAAGCAGGAAAGACUUCCUACAGAAAGCUAUGCUGACCCUCCUCGAGGCCUGUGCAGCCCAUGAAAUGGAGAGCAUGCUAGCCAAGGACAGGAAACGACAGCAGGAGCUGUGUGCUGAUCUGAAGGCCAAGGUUUCUCAAUGGCGAGCCCACCAGGAAGAGCUAGCGAGACUGGAAAUGGAAAUUUCAGUCCGAAGAAGAGAAAGGGAAGAGGAGAAAGAGAAACUAUGGAAAGAGAAGGAGUUGCUGCAGAGGGAGGAGACGAAGACAAAGAUAAGGAAAUACUGGGCUGAGAAGCAGCAGAAGUGGCAAGACAUGGAAACGAGAGAUCUCCAGCGACUAGAAGAACUGAAAGCGUUCAUGGCUGAGCAGUCAGUGAAAGACAGAGAAAGGGUUAAAUAUAGACAAGAAUUAUUGGAGAAGCGUUUGAUGGAGAGGAAAAAAGUGGCCCUUCAAGAAGCUCAGGAAGAGGAAGAGCGAGAGAGGCGGCUGGAAGCCCUUCGGAAACAGGUUGCUGUUGUUGUGCAGUCUGAUCCAGUUAGAAUGAUGUCAGACACCAUGGCAUGGAGAGCUAGGACAGACCCUGAACGUGAAGAUGAGUUCCUCCUUCAGAAGCCUCUCUUCACACUGACGACAUACAGUGAGCGGCAGAUAACUUCUGAUCCUAGACUUAGAUUUGAGCUAGCGCUUCGUGAAGCUGGACUCCAUAAGACACAGUACGCCAAAGAGAUGCUACCAAAAAUCGGUCCUCUGAAGCCUCCAAGGAAGGACACAGAGUCGACUGUAUUCAGAACCUAGAGGGCACGCGCAAACAGUGUAUGGAUACGGAUAAUGAUGAUCACUGCUGCUGGAUGCUUAAAAACCACCAGACAUAGAAAUCAUAGCGUUUAUUAAACA